AUGACCUCCUUCGACACCACAUCCACCAUCAUGUCGACCAAUGUUCUCGUUACUGGUGCCACCGGCCUGCUGGGCCGUCAGAUCUUCAACACCUUCAAGCACUCCGGCUGCUUGGUCGUCGGACAGGGUUUCUCGCGAGCUGCCCCGCCGACGAUAUUGAAGGCCGAUCUGGAGAACAAGGACGAUAUUAAGAGAUUACCGCAGGUUGUGAUCCAUUGCGCCGCCAACCGGUCCCCCGAUCUCUGCGAGAAAGAUCCCGAGAAGGCCCGUCGCGUUAACGUCGAAGCCACCCGGACGCUGGCCGAAGCGACCGCCGCCAGCGGCGCCCUGCUCAUCUACAUUUCCACCGACUACGUGUUCCCGGGCAAGGAAGGCGAAGCGCCGUACGACGCCGAUGCCGCGACCAACCCGCCGAACCUGUACGGGGAGCUGAAGCGCGACGGCGAGCGGGCGGUGCUGGAAGCCACAAAGGAGAGUUCGCUGGGAAUCGUGCUGCGGGUGCCGGUGCUCUACGGCACGGCCAAGGACAACGGCGAGAGCGCGGUCAACACGCUCGUCGACGCCGUGUGGAAGUCGCAGGACGAGAAUGCCAACGUCGCCAUGGACGACUGGGCGCUGCGGUAUCCGACCAACACCGAGGACGUGGCGCGGGUGUGUCGCGACGUCGUGAUCAAGUGCAUCAAGGAGCGGGUGCAGAAGCGAACCCUGCCCACCGUCCUGCAGUUCUCGUCGGAGGAUCGCAUGACCAAGUACGAGAUCUGCGAGAAGCUGGCGGAGGUGCUGGGAUUGUCGCUGGUGGGGAUGAAGCGGAACAAGCAGGGCAAUGACCCGAAUGCAAGUGUGCAGCGGCCCUACGAUACGCACCUGUCGACCAAGUCCUUGCAGGAUCUUGGCAUCGAUGUGAGCACGGUGGAUUUUGUGGCGUGGUGGUAA